AAACCCAGCAGACGCUGCACCCUGCAGACUGCAACCAGAUAAGAUGGAAGGUAUCAGAGUGCCCGUGCUGUUGCUCCUGCUGCUCCUGGGUCUGACUUGGUCAGAGCCUACCUCCUUGACCGAGGACUUCAGCCUAAGCCAAGCUGAGGUGCUGAAAUUGUCCAUCAACACCUACAACGAGCAUUCAGGCGAGGAGUAUGCCUUCCGUGUCCUGGAGGCUCAGCAACAGCCAGAUUGGGACCCAACACUGUUGAAACCACAGUCGCUGUCCUUUAUCAUCAAAGAGACGAACUGCAAGAUUGUGGAGAAGCUUACUCCUGAGAAGUGUCCUUUCAAAGACGAUGGGCAAGUGAAGAACUGCUCGGUGCUCUUCAAGACUGGUGAGGAGGAUAUCAGUGUGGAGCUCACCUGUGAACCCCAAAAGCCUACAGGGGUGGCGAGAGCUCGCAGAGGCCUAAAAAAAUUCUUCAAGAAGGUGAAGAAGGUUAUCAAAAAGCUGAUUCCAAAGAAAGGUGUUGGAAUUCAGGUGUCCAGGAGAUUCUGAGAUGGCUGAGUGCCUGGCACCACCUCUACUGACCACCUGCUUGCAGUACCCCAUCUUGGUUCCUUCCUGAACUGUCCACUGUUAACUGCCAUGGCUCAUCCCAAUAAAAUCUCAGCUCAGAACCUA